CUCGGUUACCCUGACAACGAGACACACACAACAUGGCAUCCACUGUACAUUUAGAGAUCGUCGGUCUUCUAAAUAAACACAACUUUCAAAUAGCCAAAAGCAUUGUCGAGGGACUGAAAAAUAAAUUCUCGGAGUCAUUUGAUGAUCCAACUAUUCGGCCGUUGCUGGAAUGCGACUGGCACGAAUAUUUAUCGAAUAAAAAGAGGGAGCUGAAAGGGGAGGUUUGGCAGUACAGCGGCUGUCUAAUGGCCUUCGCAAACGGUCAGUUGAUCGGGGAUGAAAGGAAACUGUCCAGCUGGGCAGAGAAAGAGUGGAAGUUUUCUUUCCAUCGACCUCAGGCGCUUUAUAAAGCCCUGGCUGAGGAGUAUUACACCAGCAACCUGAGAAGCAGAGGGCAUAUUUUUGUUUAUAUGGAUAUUGAAAGCGGUGGAGAGACAUUUGGCAGACUGUUGUUUGAGCUGUUCUCAGACUUGUGUCCAAAGACGUGUAGGAACUUUAAAGCCUUGUGCACUGGAGAGGCAGGUUUGUCCGAGAGUAAUCUUGAGUUGAGCUAUAAAGGCUCAAUUUUCCACAGAGUUGUCCCAAAUGGCUGGCUGCAAGGUGGAGAUAUUUCGCCUGAAAGGAAAGGCACUGGGGGGGAGUCUAUCUAUGGCCCAAUAUUUCAGGAUGAGAAUUUUGUGGUAACCCACAACAAGCGUGGCAUUCUGGGAAUGGCUAAUCGAGGUGCUCAUAGCAACGGCUCUCAAUUCUACAUCACACUGGAGCCAGCCUCCUGGAUGGACCACAAAUAUGUCGCUUUUGGGCAACUUGUUGAGGGCACAGAGGUUCUGAAGAGACUAGAGGCAUUGCCGACCUACAAUGAGAGACCCAAACAGGACUGCAAAAUAUCAGCAUGUGGAGUAUUUGAGCCCUGAGUAAUCCCACACCGGCUAUAGAUCAAGACAGCGAUACAAGAAGCAUUUUAAUAACCAUUUCAUUAUAUGUAGAAAUACUUUUAUGCUUUUCUAUGUAAAGGUUAAAAAUAAAGGCAAUAAACACCUCAAUUUAUACACCGCCUGUACUGCUCUUUUUGAGGCACCAUCAUGGCAAUUGGAUGUCAGCAUCCUGUUAUGCUGCCUUUUUGGAUUUGGUUCCCUUGAUACAGCGGUUUAUAAAAGAGCCAAAAUGCUGUCCAGAGUAUGAAAUAGAAGAGUUUAGGAUUACUGGAGAGGAUUUUACAGAAGAGAGACAUUUUUAGAAAUCACCUGAAUCUGAAGAACAAUUAAUGCCUUCAGACCUGUAUGUUUUGGAUAUUAGACGUCUACAGAGUAAACCUGGAGAACAUUAAAUACAUUCAAAUACAGUAGUCAAAGCUGUAUUUGGAUCAAAGCCUUUCACCAAAAUGAGUUAUUGUCUUAGGAUAACGUUGAUCAACUUUUUAAUACUUCAAAUGGUGACUACUGUAGAUGUAACUUGCUACCUGAAGAAAAUAAUUUGAUCUCAAAAUAAUAAAAUGUAAUUCCAUUCAUGUAUUUGUCUUAUAAGUGGGCUGUCGGUCAU